AGAUGUAAGAAAAAAAGUGUAAACUAGAGGAUUCUAUUACUAAUUUGAAAUUACAUAACAUUUUGGUAUAACUGUGAAAUCAAAACAAUGAAGAUGGUUUUAUUCCAAACGCGUAGAAAGAAGGGUGGGUCGUCUUGGACACAAAGUCUUAGAUUCUAAUUUCCCCCGUUGAUUGUGAGAAAGACUUCAUUGACUUGGAAACUCUAGGAAAAAAGAUAAGGUUUAUGUGAUUAUGAUCAAGAGCUUCACUGUUUACUUUGCAAACAACACAACAAACUCCAAUCUCUGAGUAUUCUAGCAUUGCACCUUCAAAUUUUGCAAUCAUGGCUGAGGCUGUUGUCACUGUUUUGCUGGAGAACUUGAGCUCUCUCUUUCAAAAGGAACUUGGAUCAAUCAUUGGCGUGGAUGAAGAACUGAAGAAACUUUCUAGCACUUUCACUGCCAUCCGCGCUGUUCUUGCUGAUGCUGAGAUGAAGCAGUUUACUGAUUUGGCAAUCAAAGACUGGCUGCGCAAGGUGGAAGAUGCUGCUCUGCUGUUGGAUGACAUCCUUGAUGAGUUCUCCACACAUGAUCUUCAAAAUCAGAAUCAGCAACAAAAGGGUGGCUGGUUUAACAAGAUACACGCUUCUUGCCAUUCUUCUUUCGGUCUGAAAAAUGCCAUGUUUCGUAGAAGAAUGGCUAAUAAGAUGAAAAGGAUGAGGGAGACAUUACAAAACAUUGCUGAAGAGAGGAAGAUGUUUCAUCUGUGUGAGAGAAUUGCAACCACUGACAAGAAAGCUGAGUUGAUGGAGUGGCGCCAAACCUCCUCUGUUAUCACUCAACCUGAAAUCUAUGGAAGAGAGGAAGAUAAGGAACGUGUUGUGCAAGCUUUGAUUCAGACUUGUGAUACUGAGCGUGCCGCGGUGCAUACUAUAGUUGGUCUUGGUGGUCUCGGAAAAACAACACUUGCUCAGCUGGUCUUCAAUGAUGACAGGAUAACCAUGCAUUUUGACUUGAAGAUUUGGGUUUGUGUCUCUGAGGACUUCAGUCUCAAGAGAAUGAUCAAGGCUAUUUUGGAUUCGGCUUCAGUGAGUGUUAGCGGCAAUUUGGAUAUAGAUCCACUUCAGAAGAAACUUCAACAGGCACUUCAAGGCAAACGAUAUUUACUUGUUCUGGACGACAUCUGGAGUGAAGAUCAAGAGAAGUGGGACAGAUUGAAGAAUUCACUUGUUGCAUGUGGUUCAAAGGUGGGGUCUUCAAUUCUUGUUACUACUCGUCUCACAAAGGUUGCAUCUAUUAUGGGUACGCUUCCUCCUCAUGACUUGUCUUUUCUGUCGGAUGAAGAUUAA